AUGGCGCUGGGGAGGAAAUACAACGAAAACACCAUCUUUAGGGAUCUUUUGGCAGAGCUCAUGGAGUUGGUUGUUACAUUAAGUGUGGGCGAGUUCAUUCCUCAACUCUCGUGGGACAUGUUCAUCGGAGGAACAGAUACGACAUCAACGCUUUUGGAAUGGGCAAUGUCGGAGCUGAUGAAACACCCCAGGGUGAUGAAGAAGCUGCAAGGAGGAGCUAAUUUGCAGAAGCUGGAGUACCUGAAACUAGUAAUCAAAGAGACGAUUCGAUUGCACCCGCCAGUCCCGCUGCUACCUCCAAGGCAACUGAUGCAAGUUCCGACCAUAAUGGGGUACGAUGUUUCGGCAGGAACCAUGAUCCUAACCAAUGCCUGGGGGAUUGCAAGGGGCCCGGCCGAUUGGGGGGAAUCGCCUGACGAGUUUCAGUCGGAGCGACUCCAAACCAAAGUGGAUUUCAGAGGCCAACAUUUCCAACUGAUAUCUUUUGGAGCUGGAAGGCGAUGCUGCCCGGGGAUUUCUUUCGGCCUCGCCGUCGUGGAGGUGGCGCUGGCGAAUCUGGUGAGGGACUUUGACUAG